AUGUCUGCGUCGACGACGCUGCAGAAACGGCUGUACACAGUCUUGCCGCGGGGCGUGACCCAGGCUGCGGCCGCGGCGUCGUCGUCGUCCCGCGUGCGCUCAAACUCGGCCUCGUCCUCCCGCUCCCUCUACACCGCCGCAACACCGACAGGACUUACCGGCGGCUUCUUCGAUGCGGCGCCGCAACCCACGCCGGGGAGGUCGCAGCUUGCGGUCAGCCGAUUGCCGAUCGAGGGCAGGGGCGAGGUCGAGGGCCCGCCAUCGCCCACACACCACGGCAACGGCCAGCAUUCUUCCAACUCCAGCCAUGGCCCUGCACCUCCAUCGAGCAUUGCGCUCACGUCACCGCCGGCAAAUAACUCGUCGCCAUUUGCCGCACCGUCGUCCGGCCCGUUCUUCCCGUAUCCGCCGUUCUCCCCGCCUCCAGCUCCUACCGCGGCAGCACCCCUGGACGCGCAUGCCCACCCAACUGCCGCCGGCAAGCGCGCACAACGACACAAAUACUACUUUGAUGUUGGCGCCUAUGGCAUUCCGAAACGCUCACGGACUGUGGUCUCUGGUCGUGAUGGACAUGGUGGAGCAAGGUCACGACAGACGGAUGCAUUGGAUCUGGCCGUAAACGUCGGCGAGGAUGCAUAUUUCGUCCGCGAGAAUGCGAUGGGCGUCGCGGACGGCGUCGGCGGCUGGUCUCGCAACCUCGCACCCUCGCUCGGCCCGCACGAUCCAUCACCAUCGGCACUCUUCGCACGCAGGCUCAUGCACUUUUGCUCCGCAGAACUCGCACAGCUCGCCGCACCCGCCGCGCCGCAGACGACAACCCUCGCCUUCGAAGCGCCGCCUGCACCACACGUGCCCUUCUACCCCGGUCCCGGAUUCAGCAGUUGGCAUGCACCCGUAACGCAGGCAUUGCCUUAUCAGCGCGCGGACGACUGGGCGUACGAUCUGGAUGCCGUCGAGGAGGCGCCGGAAGAAGAUCCGCUGGAGGAGCUAGAGGACGGACUGGAUGUCUUGCAUAUCCUCGAACGUGCGUACGCACGGACGCUCGAGGCGCAUGUCGCACCCGCACCACCCGCACCACGACCGACUUCGCCGAUGUGCAAUCGGCCGGGUACACCGCCAUUCCUCAGUCAUGAUUAUGAGCAGCAACAGGAGAGGAAACAGGCGACUGUCCCGCUCAUGACGGGAUCGAGUACGGCGCUGUUGGCUGUUCUUGACUCUGCUGGCGCUGGACCACAUCCAGCGCCCGCGCCCGAAGUCGGCCUUGCCGAGGACGGUUGUGAUGCUGUACUGCGCGUCGCGCAUCUCGGCGAUUGUAUGGGGAUGCUUGUACGCGGGGACGAGAUUGUUUGGAGGAGCGACGAGAUGUGGUGGAGCUUUAACACCCCAUUACAACUCGGCCCAGCAAGCCGUACCUCGCCCGAAGCCGCUCAACUUCUAACUCUACCCGUCCGCGCAGACGACAUCCUGAUCCUCGCCUCCGACGGCCUCAGCGACAACCUCUGGGACGAAGACGUCCUCGACGAAGUCAUCCGCUUUCGGCGCGCCUCCCUUUCUGCAGCACCAACAACCGCAGCAGGCGUCGGCGCGAAACUCGGACGCCGAGCGCUCGCGGGCAUGCUUUCCGAAGCCCUCUGCAGCCGCGCGCGUAAAGUGAGCGAGGCGCGCGCCAGCCGACCCGCGAGUCCAAGCAGCGAGAUCCCAUUCGCUCGGAGGGCUCGGGAAGAGGGGCGGAGCUUCGCGGGUGGGAAGACGGAUGAUAUCAGUGUUCUUGUGGCGGUCAUCAGCCCGGCGGAGGAGAUGGGCGGCGCGAGCGUGCUAUGA